UGAAAAACAAUGUGAAGAUAUUCGAAAUUAUGUUGAUAUGAUUGAUAAUCUUCGUUCAGUUGUUUAUAAAAAUAUUCGUGAAUUAGCUGGUACACCAACAUGUCAAACAAUAAACGACAAUCUAUCACCAUCACCAUCUACAGCUAUUCAUCAUGAAAGAACACAACCUACAGAAGCUUCAAAUAAUCAUCAUCCUUAUCAACCACCACAACAACACCAACACCAACAGUCAAGUGGUGAAGAAGAUGAUGGAGAAAAUCCUAAUAAAACAUUUAUGAAUAAAAUACGUGGUACAACGAAAAAAACUAUUCAACAUGCUGAAGAAGGUCUUAAUAAAUUAGAUGGUGUUAUUAAACAACUUCGAACAAAUAUGCAAAAAAAAUAA